UGGCUCGGCUACCAGAUCGGCUCGGGGUCCGUCGUCUGCUGAUUACGUUACACAAUAUCAUUGGCUGUACGCUUGAAUGGGCGUAGGCUACAUUGUGAUUGGCUGCUAAGGGACAGUUGUGAUUGGCUGUUUUGUGCUGUAGCUCUGGCUGUCGUCAUAGCAACCACAGCGAGCACAUGUGUGAGCGCGAGUAGGUCUGUCUAGUUUCGGUUUGUGUUGCCAGAUUGGGCAUAUAUCCCGUUUUUCCAGCCUAACGUGAUUCAAAGUAGCCAAAUCAGGCUGAAAAUGUCCCCCAAUCUGGCAACACGGACGGCUUAUCUUAACAGCCAAGAUGAUUCCGAGGGAUGUUUUGUUUUUAGAAGAAAACUAUCCAUACAGAUAGGUUGGGAAUGGUCUAUGUUCAAAAUGAAAGAUCAUUACAGGCUCUUUAAUUUAAGCCAUAAAAGACCUUAUUGCUGUAGAUAGCGUAUUGUGUGACGUAAUCAGCAGACGACGGACCCCGAGCCGAUCUGGUAGCCGAGCCAAUAUGGAACUUACACCGGCACUGAUUUUGAAUACAAGGAAGGCGCGAGAGUCCUCCAAACGAACAAAGCAAGCGGCGCGGCAGAGAGACUACAUUCUUGAGCUCUCUUUGCAUAUAUUUUUAGCCGCAUGAGCGUCGACAGAGUGAGGAUUUUACCCAUGAGGAUGGGGCGUCACUCCGCAACAGUAACACACGACAAUAUCCCUUCCUGAAGACGAAUAUUCAGUUGUAGGUCCUGCUUAGCUCCAGUCACGAUCAAAUGAAACCAUUCAACCUGACAGAGUGAAGAUGAAGGACCAAAUGAAAAAGGGAUGGCUCUUCCUACUGACGUCUGUCACAUUGACACUGGGCCUAUUCGGGAUUGCUCUAAACUACAAAACGGACAAACAAGUGCUGACUUCUUUGACUGAGAGAUCUUCUCAGUUGUGGCACCGGAUCCUGCCUCAGGAUUUACGUCUGUGUGCGUGCAAUCGAUGUGUUACAGAUGAUGAUGAUGAAUGGUUUACGAAGCGUUUCAACACGUCAAUCAAUCCGUUUUUGUCACAAGACAACACUCUCUCAGAGCCGGUGUUCAACUGGUGGAAGAGAUUGCAGCUUGGCAAUAAAAACUUCCUCAGCUACAGAGUGGCCGAGCUGAAGGUGUUUGAGAUUUUCCCAGGACAAGAGAGCUUCAUGGACUCCAGCCCUGAUCGCUGCAGGACCUGUGCUGUGGUUGGGAAUUCAGUUAAUUUGCUGGGGUCUCACUAUGGAUCGUUCAUUGACUUUCAUGAUGUCGUCAUUAGAUUCAAUAAAGCUCCUACCAAUGGCUACGAGGAAAAAGUUGGGAACAAAACUACUAUUCGCGCCAUGUUUCCAGGGAGUGCUAUGGACCUGGAUAACGACACAAAUCUCUUGUUUUUUCCCUUCAAAACACUGCACCUGGAGUGGCUCACUACCGCCUUUACCACAACAUAUACAUCAAACGAAACUGUGAAAACUACCAUCAGAGCAAAUAAGGAUUUGGUAAUGGUUUUAAAUCCUAAUUUCAUCAGCUAUGUCCACCACGAUUGGUUGGGAAGGAAAGGAAAGUAUCCAUCGUCAGGUUUCCUGGGUUUGAUGGUGGCUAUGCACAUUUGUGAUGAAAUAUUGGCUAACAAACUGUUUCAGUUCAUAGACAUAUCAAUGUAUGUGGACAUUUUGGAAUGGUCAAUGUCUUUGGAUUUGGAGCAGACAGAAAUGGAGACUGGAGACACUACUGGGAAAAACUUCCCAAACCUCAUAUAAGAACUGGAGUUCAUGGUGGAUCGACAGAGUAUAAAGUCAUUCAGGAUCUUAAACUCAGGCAAAAAAUUAAUUUCUUCACUGGGUUUUAAAUUCUCCACCUCUGUCUGUCUGUCUGUCUGUCUGUCUGUCUGUCUGUCUGUCUGUCUGUCUGUCUGUCUGUCUGUCUGUCUGUCUGUCUGUCUGUCUGUCUGUCUGUCUGUCUGUCUGUCUGUCUGUCUGUCUGUCUGUCUGUCUGUCUGUCUGUCUGUCUGUCUGUCUGUCUGUCUGUCUGUCUGUCUGUCUGUCUGUCUGUCUGUCUGUCUGUCUGUCUGUCUUUCUCUUCACAUGUGGAAGGGAUUGGGGAACAUUUUUGAAUUUUCUAUACCAUCGUACCUUGAUUUUUUGCUUAUGUAUUCAUACAUAAGCCAAAAAUGUGGAUGAUGAAUUUUGAUGAACCAGUGUGAUAUAUUGUACGAUAUAUAAAUUACUAUCUAUAAAAAUAAUUACAGGUAUAUAAUUACUUUUGUUUUAUUGAUUUGACUAAUCACACCUUAACCUAUGCUAGCCUUUCUGUCCCUGCCUUUCUCUAAAGAGAGCGUCUCACUGAAAGAGGUUUAGCUGUUUGAAUAGCAGGGGUCCUUCCGGACAGGUCAAUGACUGUGUGGAUGGGAGGUGGGCUGCUGAACCACAUGGUCACCUGACACAUUCACUGGGAAAUCCAAGACACACAAAUCGACAGGGUUUUCUAUGGAGGUACACGUGCAAGUGGGAAGAUCCCUUUGUCCCUGUAUGAUCCAUACAGGAAAAUGUUCUGAACUCUGUACUGAAUGGGGGUAGAUACAAUUUCAGCAGUUUGGCCGCUCUAACUUGUCGUCUUUUCAAGUGCUAAAAAAAAAUACUGAGCAAAAUGGAUUGACUUUCUGAUUAUCAAGAUGAAGAAAACUCACACACUUACAAUUUAUCAAAGAUCUAAUACUAAACCUAUACUACCAUAAUGAAGACCUAUAUAGGUUAUUUAUUAUAAUUAAUAACAAAACAUAACAUAAUGUUUACUACGGUUUACUUUGUACUAUCUUUGUUUGUACUUUCAACACUAGGGCUUUAGUGUGCAAGAAUUUUACUACACCUGUACUAGGAUUAUCAUAAAUAUCUAGCCUUUUAUACUUUAUGAAUGAGAUAAGAGUGGAAACGUCAUCUGAAGAGACUCUUGCUGCUUAGGAAGGUAGCCUAAUAUGAUUCUCUGUGCUAACAGUUUGUGGUAUUCAGGCCUGGGAGGGCAACUCAAAUGAACCAGAUGGACGGUUUGUUCAGGCACCCCUUACAUUCCUGGCUCGAAGAUUAGCACAUUCAUCUCCAGGGCUUUGAUUACUAUUUAAAAUAUGUGAAUGAUGUGAAUUAAGGGUGUACAAAGGUAGAGAAUAUCCUAGUUAUUCUGCUAGGACAUUGAGCAGAAUAACGAACAUGAAGGAAAUUGGUUGGUGGUGAAGCCAUGGGCAUUGUUUGAGAACCACGCUGGCUUGGAGUUUAGUGGAGGAAACACAGAAGCGAGAAUAUAAAAACCGGAAAAGCAGGCGUUCUGCCGAACAGUAUUAUUAUGGUAGUAUUAAAGUAUUGUUUUGUUAAAGAAAUAAA